AUGGGAUCCAGUCAGUCCCAACCAGCAUCAGCACCAUCCUCUGCCGAGGCAGUCCGACCAUCCGCAUCGCCCUUGAACCCUCAACGUCAAUCAAUCCUCUCAUACUUCUUCAACUCCUCCGCACCUACACUCACACACGAUCACUUGCACCCGACCGCCCUGGAGGUCCGACUAGUCAGCAAAUACUUGGUAUAUCUAGGUAUACCUAGUGAGCUCAUACCGAGGAUAUUGGAUGAAGCGGAAUAUUGGUCAGGAUGCAGAAGACAGCGUACCAAGCAUAUCUAUGUGGAUUCUAUGUUACCACAAUAUCGGUCAGCCAAUAACCCGCAAUCUACAGUGGACGGACAUGACCAUGAGCAAGUUGUAGAGUUCUCUCAAGCCGCAUUGGUACACGAUGGUGGUGGGUUGAAGAAUAGGAAUGGGAAUGUAUGGUAUCUUGUUAGUUCGCCUAUUGGAUGUACGAGAAGACCAAGCUCAGGAUCCGGACAAGGCGUUAUCGCUCAACAUGAAAUAGCAAUGGAUCUGGAUAGAGUCUGGAUAAGGAAAUGUGUUAUUGAGACGUUAUCGAAAGAUCAAGGGUGGAGUAGUAAUAAUCCUGCACAUUAUGGGACAUACGAACAAAGUUACUCAUGGUUUGAAAUCUCCCUCCUUCGAGGGGAUAGGGAAGUGGAGGGAUCCAGACAUUCCAUACAGAAUAACGUCCAUGCGGGACAAUAUUAUAAACCCCAUUGUAAUGUUUUGUCGGCAGAUCAUCCGACUUUGAGAUUGGCUCAAACGGGAGAUAGGAUCGUUCUGUGGGUGAGGGCUCAAUAUCAUGGAUGGUUAAAUUGGGUCAAAGAAGCGGCGAUAACAGUGUUCACAUCACCUUAUCCACCCUCAACAUAG